AUGCCAACGUGCACGCAUCUGCAGGUGGUACCAUGCCAAGAGAAGCAAAUAAUUAAGAAAUUCGUCCGGGAUGUGCCCUGUCCUCAAAUGAAGCCUAAGAAAAAGGUACCAUGUCCAGCUGGAGAUCGAAAAAGGGCUUCGAGACAGGUCGAAGAGGUGCUAUGUACCGCGGCUAAACGCGUCCAACAACAAAUGACCUGUCCGAUGAAGCAACAGGAGAAGGUAGUGAAGUGUGAACGUGAACCGAAGACUUGUCCAGCGAAGGAACGUGAAAGCUCACUUAGGAGUUGUCCAAAAUGCGAGAACAACCGAAUCCAAAAGUUGGAAUGCGAAGUGUACCAAUUGCGGAAGGAGAUCGAGUACAUGAAAUACGAGCGGAAAGAGGCCGAGAAGGCGAUGCAGAAGGCUAUUAUUCGGAGCGCUCGCGCCCUCGGCGGAAAAUGCAAGAGCACGUUACCUGGAUCAAUCGAGAAACUUUUAGACUCGUGCACCAGCGAUGAAUCUUCCCUGUCUGCGUCCACGAUCACAUUCUGCGGGACGAAAACUAUGUCACCGCCGAUUCGCCCGUGUCAGAACAAGAAGAAGAAGGAGGAAUUCGAUUGUUGCGCGAGUUGUGCCCAUUAG